CCAUAUAUUAGUUUGAUGGACAAUUUUUAUUUAAGAAAUGCAAAAAUUAGACAUUUAUUUUUGUCCAUUCAUUUUAAAAGAAGAUGGUCAUCCGGAAAUAUCAGCAAUCUUUGCUCCAUUCCAAUCCCAAUUCCACUUAUACAUAGAGAAGAACAAGUUUCAAAUUUUGAUAGUAUUGCUCUUCUUCUUAAUUAUUAGACCCAUAUAUAUAUAUUUAUAUUUAUGUAAAUAUACUUGAAUAGCUUGAAGAAGAUGGAAGAAUCGUUUCCUAUGACAGGAGGAGAUGGCCCAUACAGCUAUGCCAAGAAUUCAAAUCGACAGAAAGAAGCUGCUGAAAGCGCUAAAGCAAUGUUGGUGGCCGCCAUAACUGAAAACCUAGAGAUCAACAAACAUAAUAUUUGUCCCAUCUCAAACUCAUUUCGGAUUGCUGACUUUGGUUGCUCUACUGGCCCAAACACCUUUAUCGCAGUUGACACUAUAAUCGAAGCUGUUUGUAAAACCUACCAUGAGAGUACUUUUGUGCAUAACCCCGAAUUCCAUGUCUUUUUUAGCGACCAUGUCUCUAAUGACUUCAACUUUCUUUUCACCAACCUUCCUAAGGAUCGGAGUUACUUUGCAGCCGGUGUGCCUGGCUCCUUUCACAACAAAUUGUUUCCUAGGGCUUCAUUAAACCUCGCCUACUCGUCACAUGCAUUGCAGUGGUUGUCGAAGACUCCAGUGGAAGUCACAAACCCUAGCUCACCCGCAUUUAACAAGGGCAAGAUUUUUUAUGCCAAGGCUGUAGAGCAAGUUUGUGAGGCCUAUAAGCGUCAACAUGAAGAGGACUUAGCAAGUUUUUUUGGUGCUCGAUCGGAAGAGCUCGCUCCUGGUGGGCUAGUUGCGAUUCUAAUGUCCGGUAGAGAAGAUGAGAGUUCUCCAUCUCAAGUCUCGCUUGGCCCUCUUUUUGAACCACUCGAAUCUACCCUUAUAGAAAUGGCUAACGAGGGAAUAAUAAGCCAAGAAAAGCUUGACUCAUUCAACUUGCCCAUUUUUAGUCCAUCACCUAAGGAGAUUAAGAAAAUAAUACAAAAAAAUGGAUGUUUUGAAAUAUUAAGAUUGGAAGUUCAACCUCGAACACUUCAUCCUAUGAUCACUUUACAACAAUGCAGAGCUGGUUUUGAGAACAUUAUCAUCAAACAUUUUGAUGAUAAUAAUAAUGAUAAUGUUAUAAUAGAACAACUCUUUGAUCGUUACUCCAAGAAAAUUGGAGGAUAUUCUCCUAUAUCUGAGGAUGAUAAAACUAUGGCCAUUGGAUUAUUCUUGUUGCUUAAGAGGAGAUAAUUACCUAAAAUAUUAAUUAUAAGCCAAUUUUGAUAUUUUGUUUUUGGGGAAUUACCCCAUACAAUGAUAUUUUAUUUUUGGGUAAUUAUCCCAUAUACUAUUAUUUUUUUUUAAAUUUACGGUUUGAGUUGCUUUAAUAGUUGCUUGGGUGAGUUCUAUGUGAGUUGCUAUAUAGAUUUUGAUUGCGAUUUAAGUUGCUCCGUCGGUUGCUAUGUGAAUUUCCAUAAAAAUAUAUAUAAAAAAAACAGUUUUGAAGUGUAAAAAUAAAAA